CGGGCCGGUGUGCGCGCGCUAGCUCCUGGUCGCGGCGGCGGCGGCGGGGAUUGUUUUUGUUGUCGCUUAAGACCGGAAGAACCACGGGAGCCCCCUCCCCUGGGCGCCGCCGCCGCCGCCGCCCCCUCUUUCUCCUCCCCCUUUUCCUCCUCCUUAUCCCCUCCCCUUCACCCCAGUUUUCCGUCCCAAACCCAUUCCCCCCCCAUCGUCAAUAUUCCGGAGAUCAAGAGGUACGCGGCGGCGGCGGCGGCGGCGGCGGCGGCGGGGCCCUCAGCGGGAGGCGCCGCUGGGGAGCGGGGCGAGGCGGCUGCCGCCGCCGCCGCCACCGCCGCCAUGGAGGCUCUGGGACCCGGACCUCCAGCCAGCCUUUUCCAGCCACCCCGUCGCCCUGGCCUUGGAACUGUUGGGAAGCCAAUCCGUCUUCUAGCCAAUCAUUUUCAGGUUCAGAUUCCUAAAAUAGAUGUCUAUCAUUAUGAUGUGGAUAUCAAACCUGAAAAACGGCCACGUAGAGUUAAUAGGGAGGUGGUAGAUACAAUGGUGAGACACUUCAAAAUGCAGAUAUUUGGUGAUCGACAACCUGGCUAUGAUGGCAAAAGAAACAUGUAUACAGCACACCCAUUGCCUAUUGGACGGGAUAGAGUUGAUAUGGAAGUGACUCUUCCAGGUGAGGGCAAAGAUCAGACCUUUAAAGUGUCAAUUCAGUGGGUAUCUGUAGUAAGUCUUCAGCUACUUUUGGAAGCAUUGGCUGGGCAUUUGAAUGAAGUACCUGAAGAUUCUGUACAGGCACUUGAUGUAAUCACAAGGCAUCUGCCUUCUAUGAGGUAUACGCCUGUGGGCCGUUCAUUCUUCUCCCCUCCUGAAGGUUACUACCACCCUCUGGGUGGAGGCAGGGAGGUUUGGUUUGGCUUCCACCAGUCUGUGAGACCUGCCAUGUGGAAUAUGAUGCUGAAUAUUGAUGUAUCUGCUACUGCUUUCUACCGUGCCCAGCCUAUCAUUGAGUUCAUGUGUGAAGUUUUAGACAUUCAGAAUAUUAAUGAACAAACAAAACCUCUUACAGACUCCCAGCGUGUCAAGUUUACCAAAGAAAUCAGAGGUCUUAAAGUUGAGGUUACCCAUUGUGGACAGAUGAAACGAAAAUACCGAGUUUGUAAUGUAACUAGACGACCAGCCAGCCAUCAAACUUUUCCUCUACAGCUGGAAAAUGGUCAGGCCAUGGAAUGUACAGUAGCCCAAUAUUUUAAACAGAAGUAUAGCCUGCAGCUUAAAUAUCCUCAUCUUCCCUGUCUCCAAGUGGGACAAGAACAAAAGCAUACUUAUCUUCCUCUUGAGGUCUGCAAUAUUGUGGCAGGACAGCGGUGUAUCAAGAAAUUAACUGACAAUCAGACAUCCACCAUGAUCAAAGCCACUGCCAGAUCUGCUCCAGACAGACAAGAGGAAAUCAGCAGAUUAGUGAAAAGUAACAGUAUGGUGGGUGGACCUGAUCCAUACCUAAAGGAAUUUGGUAUUGUUGUUCACAAUGAAAUGACAGAGUUGACAGGUAGAGUGUUGCCAGCACCAAUGCUACAAUAUGGAGGCCGGAAUAAAACAGUAGCUACACCUAACCAAGGUGUAUGGGAUAUGCGAGGAAAACAGUUUUAUGCUGGCAUUGAAAUUAAAGUGUGGGCUGUUGCUUGUUUUGCUCCUCAGAAACAAUGCAGGGAAGAUCUGUUAAAGAGUUUCACAGAUCAGUUGCGUAAGAUUUCUAAGGAUGCCGGGAUGCCUAUUCAGGGUCAGCCAUGUUUUUGCAAGUAUGCACAAGGAGCAGAUAGUGUGGAGCCCAUGUUUAAACAUCUGAAGAUGACUUACGUAGGCCUGCAGCUGAUAGUGGUGAUCUUACCUGGGAAGACACCAGUAUAUGCUGAAGUUAAACGUGUUGGUGAUACCCUCUUAGGAAUGGCUACUCAGUGCGUUCAGGUGAAAAAUGUAGUAAAGACUUCUCCCCAAACUCUGUCUAACCUCUGCCUGAAGAUAAAUGCAAAGCUUGGUGGAAUUAACAAUGUCCUUGUACCCCAUCAAAGGCCUUCAGUGUUCCAGCAGCCUGUCAUUUUCCUGGGAGCAGAUGUUACUCAUCCUCCUGCUGGAGAUGGAAAGAAGCCUUCUAUUGCUGCAGUGGUUGGAAGCAUGGAUGGACAUCCCAGCCGAUACUGUGCUACAGUGCGAGUACAGACUUCUCGCCAGGAGACCUCCCAGGAGCUCCUCUAUAGCCAGGAGGUGAUCCAAGACUUGACUAAUAUGGUUCGAGAACUUCUGAUCCAGUUCUACAAAUCUACACGCUUCAAGCCUACUCGAAUCAUCUAUUACCGUGGAGGGGUCUCUGAGGGACAGAUGAAGCAGGUUGCUUGGCCAGAAUUAAUAGCAAUUCGGAAGGCAUGUAUUAGCUUGGAAGAAGAUUACCGCCCAGGCAUAACAUACAUUGUUGUGCAGAAAAGGCAUCACACUCGACUCUUCUGUGCAGACAAAACAGAAAGGGUGGGGAAAAGUGGUAAUGUACCAGCAGGUACUACUGUGGACAGCACUAUUACACAUCCAUCUGAAUUUGACUUCUACCUCUGUAGUCAUGCAGGAAUUCAGGGAACCAGCCGUCCAUCCCAUUAUCAGGUUUUAUGGGAUGACAACUGCUUUACUGCAGAUGAGCUCCAGCUUCUAACUUACCAGCUCUGUCACACCUAUGUAAGAUGUACCCGCUCAGUCUCCAUUCCAGCCCCAGCCUACUAUGCCCGAUUGGUAGCAUUUAGGGCAAGGUAUCACCUGGUGGAUAAGGAUCAUGACAGUGCCGAGGGAAGUCACGUGUCAGGACAAAGCAAUGGCCGGGAUCCCCAGGCCCUGGCCAAGGCUGUGCAGAUUCACCAUGAUACCCAGCACACGAUGUAUUUUGCCUGAGAGCCUUUGUGAAGACUUAGCGGAUUUGGCACACCUUGUAUUCUCUUACCAUGUGGUCUUGACAUGUUUUAAACAUACUGCUUUUAUUAGAUAGGGCCAAGUUGACUUCAGACAGUCUUCUACCAGCAGUUCUGAACAGUCACUGUGUCUGAUGCACCAACAGAAUUGAGCCAUUUUUUGUUGUUUUGUUGUUUGCAGGUUUUUUUAGUAAUUUUUUAAUAAUAGAAAUUUUUAGACUGUCUUUUUCUGAUGCAUUGGACUGAAUUUUUACCUCAAAGCAUAAAAAGACUGAUCAACCUGAAAUUUUUAAAGAAUUUGACAUAAGAGGUUUCUUUUGAAUAUUUUGCAAGCUGCGAUUAUCACCUCAAUCCUCCAGUUUGAUGAGAUGAAAUUAUUCUUUCUGUUUGUAUUCAUCAAGCAGGUGUGCAUGACUGAGAGGGGCAGGCCACCCAUCGUUUUACUUCAGUAUAGCUGUCUAUUGUGUGGGGCCAUAGACUUUUUAACAAAGAUUUUUUUACUUUACUAUUGUAAAUGCCUUUAUGGAGCAUUAAUUUUGGAAGGUAUUGCAGUUUGUCGUUUUUACUAGUUUUAUCUUUUUUGAUCUCUGCAAAAAUGUGCUGGUGCAGGCACGAGCAGCAGAGUAAUUGCACUAUUUGUGACUUCAGACUCACCUGGCAGUUCUUAUUGGGUAAAUCUUUUUUGAAUGUGUCAUUGAACCAGAGAGGGAUGCCUGGAAUUAUUACAGAUAACACUGCCAUGGAAUAGUAAAAAUAUUCAUGUUUUCCCCUUCUUUAAAAAAAAAAAAAUAGAAAAGGAAAGGAAAAAAAAAUUAGCUUGUAGGUAUUUUUCCAAGUUUUACAAAGUGCCCAUUUUAUGCUGCUGUGUGGUUUGAUAAAUAUAAAUGAUUUUUAAACUUUUCUUCUAGAAGGUUAACUUUGGCAAUAAGCUUUUUAAAAAAUGCUCCCCCUUCCAAACUCCACCCCAUCCCUAAAAUGUAGUUUCCUAGCCAAGGGUUGUGCAUGAUUUAUCUAAUAUUUCUUCACAAUCUGGCAAUUUCUGAAACCAGUCAGAAAAGACCCAUUUUCAUCCUUUUUUAAAGGUUAUUUUUACCUGUUUUUUAUUCACUAUUGGUGUCCUUUCUGUCUAUCUUAUUUUCUUAAAAUAAGCUUGAAUGUGAUUGUUCCCCUUAGGAAAGGCUUUGCCAAUUUGUACAGUGAGUAUGUUGUAUGGUGCUAGCAACCUAGAGACGUGUACUUGUACCAGCAUUUUGAGCUUCUUCUCCUUGGCAAUUUAGGAUGCUCCCACAGUUACAUACAGUGCAUGUUUUAUAAAGUUGUAUGUUAUAGCUACUGUAUGCCAGCCUAGAUUGUACUCAGUUUUCCUUUUUUUUUCCUACCACAAUUGGUUUUUUAGGCUAACAUGUAUUAUGAGAGGUUUGAUAUGUCCUUGACCAGCUUUCAUAUUCUACUAAAAGGCUGACUUCCUUUCAUGUUAAAGGGAAUUGAGAUCACGUAAGCAUCAUUUAUACUAUACACAUGACUGGUCCUUGUCUGCCUGGUGGUAGACAGGCCCAGAAUCUCAGUCGCUCCCACAGUGGUAGCUGCUCUGAGCUCAUUAGCAGUUCUGAACCAUGUAUAUUGAACUAGUCUUUUCAAAAGUUCAGUAAUAUCAGAUGCUGUUUUUUUCUGGUCUUUUAAGCAAGCUUGUAAAUACAUCCAAGUUUACAUUUCUCUUUGCUGUCUCUUUUUGGUAGCACCAUUGGGUGUGCUGAAGCUACUCAACAGGAAGUUUUAUAACAUUUUUUGAAUGGUGAGACUUGAGACUGUUUUACUCUGUAGACUUUGGGACUGAAGAGCGAGCUCUGCCCCUGAGGCACAGUGCACAGAUUUCUUUUUUCUUUUUCUUUCCUAAGCUUUUCCUUUAAAAAUAAAAAUACCUCACUUGGAUAAUAAAAAUCAGGACAUGUCGGUGAGAGGCUGGCUGCCGCUUCAGCAAGAUGGCUGCUUUUGUUCACAUUUGUUCAGGGAGAGCACAAGAAUAAACCCAUCAGCAACUCUGUCCUCCAGCCUCAGAGGAAGAGACACAAGGCACCUAGAAGAAAAAAUGGACCCUUUGGAUCAGGAGGACCAGAGGGAUCCACCUGCUGGGUGUCUGGCCAGGUGAGGUCAUUUGAGGGUGGCUAUCAGGCAAGAAGGUCCUGCUUUUUGUCUUUGACAACAUGUGCUCAUUGUGGGGCACUGAUGGAGUAUAGUGAUGUGACCUCAGACUGGAUUGAUUCUAGGAAGGACCUUAGUUUGCUCAGGUGCACCUGCACAAAAUGGUUUCAUUAACCAUUGGGGGGAAUUGUGGGGAAGGGUGAUGGGGCCUAACUUUAUAGGAAUGAUUCCUAUUUUAACAGUGCAAUGCUGUCAUUUUUGGAGGAAAAUAAAUGCAAGUGUAUUAAUAAUAACUACAGUUAUUGGGGGAAAAACAUUGCCAUGGGGUAUAUAUCUUUAAGAAGUAAUCAUGCAACAUCAGAAUUGCAGCAAUACUAGUAUAAGCAGGUCUGAAAGUAGAGUUAAUUUGCAGUUUGACAGUUUUUAACUAUCUAACCCCUUGGAAUGAACUGAAUCAUUAUGCAUGUGUCAAUCAAUGGGAGGUGUGCAUUCUGUAGCAGUAGUUUAUAGGAUGUUGGGGGUCUUUCUGUUUUUAAAUAAAGCCUAUUAGGCACUAUUAUAUGGUGUGUGAAAGACUGAAAUGUAGCAAAGUUAAUUCGGGGAUGAGGCACAAGAACAUUUACAAAGAACAUCAGCAAUCCUGCCAUGAAACCAUUUAGGAUUUUUUUUUGGUUUAGAGUUAAACUCUGAACAAUCUGUAAAAUGACUGGCUGGCUUGUUCUAGCCAAGUGUCUGGGCAGGCAAAACAUAUUUAUUCUUACUGUAAGUACUACAUGAUAAUUGUGUGCCUGUAGCUGUUCCCAAAGGUUGUGAUUUACAGGCAAACGUGUUUUGCACAAUUUGUAUCCUCUAAUCAUGUUCUAGGCACAAACAUCAGGCUGGUCUACUUAAUUCAACAGCCUCCUUCUUUCCUUUCUUUGGGAAAGGUGUCUUUGAUCAGAUGCUGUUUGAAAAAUUAACCCUCUUUCUGCCCCAUCCCCAACAACCUUUGUGAAUGUUCUCUAGGAUUUUCUUGCUCAAUAGCAAGGCAGUAACUCUACUUUCAUUUUUAGAAAGUAGAGAUCAAGGGCAUUGUAUCAAUACUGUUUCAACUACAAGGUUUUUUCCUUAUGAAAUUUAAGGAAAGAUCUUGUUAUCACUUAAAAAUUUUCUUAUCCCUUGCUAUUGACAUUUUCAUGAUCUUUCUAUGUCUAAUGGCUGAAAUUUCAUUGUAAAAUGUUUGUUUGUAUUUGUUCUUUUGACUAAUGAUGUAAUUUUGUUUCUAUAUUGUUAGACUUGUAAUGUUUCAAAUGGUAUUUUAUUAAAUUUGGAUUCGGAUGUAUGUCUAGCAAUACGAGGUACUUUCUAAAUUAUUAAGGGAGGGAGAAAGGGAUGUCAUAGCCUGGUGUUUUGAUAAAAUGUUGAUUGUUUCAGUUUUGCAAUGUAAUUUUUUUUUUUGGCCUGCAGGGAUAUUUUGUGUUUUGUGUCCAAAAAUAAUAAUAAAUAGGCAUUCUUGUGCCAAA